GAGAGAGAGAGGGAGGACAGAGAGACAUUGAGCAAGACAGACACAGUCAGCGCGAGAGGGGGAAUCAGAGCUAGGGAGAGCGUGCUCGCAGGCAGAGAGCAAUAGCACCUUGUCGCCUCGAGGCGAGUCUGUGAUAGUUGUGUCCCUGUCCGGUGGACCGACUUUAUCUGCCACCAGGCGCGCGGCUGAUCUGUCGUCUCUCACGGAUUCAAGAUUCUCUUCAAAUGGGAAGGGAAAUCGAUGUGUCGCGCGCGGCACUGUCGCCACGGAACCACAGAGGAUGUGCGUGAGGUCGCUGGAGAGAGUGAUGACGCGGCAGUGAGAGACGCACAUACCUCACCCGUGUGCACACACAUAUUUGCCCACACACACUUUUAGGUCUUGCUCUACUAAGAAAGGGAGGAGGGGGAGAAAAUACUGCUAUGACGGUGUCAUUUCUCUCCAUUAGCCGUAUGUGAGCUGCACACACAAAAACACACACACACAUAUACUCAAGCUCUGUGGGGAGUUGCCUUCAUGGGGGAUACGGCCCUAUCUAGGGCACAAAGAUGGAGUUCAUAUUCUAUUUGUCCCAUAUCUAACACAGACACGCACACAAAUACAAUCAUCUGGAAGCUCAUGUCUUAAGUGAAGAAAAAUAGACUGAAUGGAGAGGAGUUACUAAACAUCUUAGACACCAAUCCAAGACGAAAGGAGAUGUGCAAAGUGUGGUGAGAGGACAGAGGGAGCUGCUGUCUGAACCCCUCGCUCACUGGAGCUCAAACAUAUUGGAGGCCCCCCUUUUAAAAGACACUAACUAGACAGUAGGGUGCACUCGAGACACCUAAAAAGUGUUCCACUAAGUGCCCUACAGUUGUCACCAUGAGCCAUAGGCUGGAGGGAAUACUCCAGCUCUAGCCUCUAUCUCCUCCCGUGUGUGUGUGUGUGUGAGUGUGAGAGUGAGUGUGUAUGAGUGUAAUGGCGGUUUGUGUUUGGGCAGCAGCCCCUCUGCUCUUCCUGGGGCUAUGCCUUUGCAGUGUAGGGGGCCAGGCCCAAGGGGAGGUCCUGGAGUUUGGGGGCGUAUCCAGUCAGUGGGGACGGUUUCCAGUGUGGAAUGCCUGCUGUGAGAGUGUGCUGAGUUUCAGCCUGCGGACUCACAGCCAGGAGGGCCUGCUGCUCUACCUGGAUGAUGAGGGGUUUUGUGACUUCCUGGAGCUACUGCUUCUCCAUGGCCACCUUCGCCUGCGCUUCUCCAUCUUCUGCGCUGAGCCUGCCGAGUUGCAGUCAGGUGUGGCUGUAAGUGAUGGACGAUGGCACGCAGUGCGUGUCAAGCGGAACUGGAGGAACACCUCAUUGGAAGUGGAUGGGCGACUUGAGGGAUGGGCGGAAGUGAAGAGUAAGAGAAGAGACAUGACAGUGUUUAGUCACACAUACAUGGGCGGGGUGACACCAGACCUCCACUCCUCGCCCCUGCGCCUCACCUCUCCUACAGUGCGGGAACACUCCACCUUCCGUGGCUGGAUCACGGCAGUGAGCAUCAAUGGCUCCCUUGUGACGCUGGAAGGCUCAGAGGGCGUCACAGUAACAGCUGGCUGUGGGCCAGAUCACCAGUGCCAGAAUGGAGGGGUGUGCAGUUUGGUUAACGACCAGGCCGUCUGCGACUGCUCUGACACCGGUUACCAAGGCAAUGACUGCAGCGAAGAGCACAGCUACACUCCAGGUCUGGCACACCUGAUGAUUGGCGACCAAGGAAAGCUCAGAGCUCGUGAGGAGUAUGUUGCUACCUUCAAGGGCUCUGAGUUCUUCUGCUAUGACUUAUCGCCCAACCCCAUCCAAUCUAGCAGCGACGAAAUCACACUCUCCUUCAAGACACUGCAGCGCAAUGGUCUGAUGCUACACACUGGCAAGUCAGCUGACUACGUGAAUCUGGCACUAAAGAACGGUGCUGUGUCACUUGUCAUUAACCUCGGCUCCGGGGCUUUCGAGGCCUUGGUGGAGCCUGUCAACGGCAAGUUCAACGACAACGCCUGGCACGACGUCAAGGUCACCCGCAACCUGAGACAGCACUCAGGCAUUGGACACGCUAUGGUGACGAUCUCUGUGGAUGGCAUCCUGACCACAACAGGCUACACACAGGAGGACUACACCAUGCUGGGCUCUGAUGACUUUUUCUACGUGGGAGGAAGUCCCAGCACGGCUGACCUGCCUGGUUCUCCUGUCAGCAAUAACUUCAUGGGCUGUCUAAAAGAGGUGGUGUACAAGAACAAUGAUGUACGGUUGGAGCUAUCUAGGUUGGCAAAACAGGGAGACCCAAAAAUGAAGGUGAGUGGUGUGGUGUCCUUUAAGUGUGAGAGUGUGGAAACGCUGGACCCAGUGACCUUUGACACCCCAGAGUCCUAUGUGGCACUAAGCAAGUGGACAGCAAAGAGGGCAGGAUCCAUCUCUUUUGACUUCAGGACCACAGAGCCGAAUGGGUUGAUACUUUUCAGCCAUGGCAAACCUCGACAACAGCAACGCAAGGACCCACGCACCCCUCCUACUGUUAAGGUGGAUUUUUUUGCCAUUGAGAUGCUGGACGGGCACCUGUACCUGCUGCUGGACAUGGGCUCAGGAACCACCAAGACAAAGGCCAUCGACAGAAAAGUCAAUGAUGGAGAAUGGUAUCACGUUGACUUCCAGAGAGAUGGGCGCUCAGGAACCAUCUCCGUGAAUAGUGUAAGAACAGCAUACACAGCCCCUGGAGACAGCGAGAUCCUGGACCUGGAUGAUACUUUGUACCUCGGAGGACUACCUGAGGAUCGCGCUGGACUUAUCUUUCCUACAGAAGUUUGGACGGCUUUGCUGAACUAUGGUUACGUGGGCUGCAUCAGAGACCUGUUUUUGGAUGGGCAAAGCAAAGACAUCCGGCGGCUAGCUGAAGCCCAGAGAGCGGUGGGGGUGAAGCCCUCGUGUUCCAGAGAGUCACCCAAACAGUGCCUAUCUAACCCCUGCCAGCACAACGGCAUCUGCAGAGAGGGCUGGAACCGUUACGUCUGUGACUGCUCUGGGACGGGCUACCUGGGACGGUCCUGUGAGAGAGAUGCGACCAUCCUCUCUUAUGACGGCAGUAAGUUUAUGAAAGUGCAGCUACCUGUGGUGAUGCACACCGAAGCGGAGGACGUCUCACUACGCUUUCGCUCCCAGCGGGCCUACGGUGUUCUCAUGGCAACUACAUCCCGUAACUCUGCAGACACCCUUCGUCUGGAGCUAGAUGGGGGCCGUGUCCGACUCACUGUCAACCUAGACUGUAUCAGGAUAAACUGUACAGCCAGUAAAGGCCCAGAGACCAUCUUUGCUGGGUCAAGCCUCAAUGAUAAUGAGUGGCACACAGUGAGGGUAGUCCGGCGUGGAAAGAGCCUUAAACUCACCGUGGACGACCUGCAGCCUGUUGAAGGUCAGAUGGCGGGCGACCACACCCAGCUGGAGUUCCACAAUGUGGAGACGGGCAUCGUGACAGAGAAGCGAUUCAUGCCUGCCGUGCCCUCCAAUUUCAUUGGCCACCUUCAGGGCCUAACUCUAAACGGCAUGCCCUACAUUGACCUGUGCAAGAACGGCGACAUCGACUAUUGCGAGCUUAAUGCCGUGAUUGGUUAUAAGACCAUUGUGGCUGACCCCAUCACCUUCCGCUCCCGCUCCAGUUUCGUCACGCUGCCCACGCUGCAGGCCUACUACUCUAUGCAUCUCUUCAUGCAGUUCAAGACGACGUCCCCUGACGGUCUCAUUCUCUUCAACAGAGGAGAUGGCAAUGAUUUCAUUGUCAUAGAGUUGGUGAAAGGCUACCUUCAUUACAUUUCUGAUUUGGGCAACGGAGCACACCUGAUCAAGGGCAACUCAAACAGUCCUCUUAAUGACAACCACUGGCAUAAUGUGCACAUUUCCCGGGACACUAACAAUCUCCACACAGUCAAGAUUGACACCAAAGUUACCACACAGACAACGAUGGGCGCCAAGAACCUUGACUUAAAGGGUGAUCUGUACAUCGGGGGUGUUUCCAAAGAGAUGUACAGAGAACUACCUAAGCUGGUCCACUCCCGUGAGGGAUUUCAGGGUUGCCUGGCAACAGUUGAUCUAAAUGGCCGGCUUCCGGACCUUUUGGCCGAUUCCUUGGCAACCACGGGACAAGUGGAUAGAGGCUGCGAAGGUCCCAGCACGACGUGUCAGGAAGACUCCUGCUCAAAUCAGGGAGUUUGCUUGCAGCAGUGGGAGGGCUUUACCUGUGACUGCAGCAUGACAUCUUAUGCAGGGCCUCUGUGCAAUGACGCUGGAACCACUUAUAUCUUUGGUCGUGAUGGAGGCCGUGUGAUUUAUACCUGGCCCCCAAAUGAACGUCCCAGCACCAGGGCAGAUCGACUUGCGCUUGGCUUCAGCACCCAGCAGAAACAUGCAAUCCUACUUCGCGUGGACAGUGCGUCUGGUCUGGGAGACUACCUUCAGCUGCAGAUAGACAAGGGCAACAUUAGGGUGGUGUUUAAUGUUGGCACUGAUGAUAUCAACAUCGAGGAGAGCUCCAAGUUUGUCAACGAUGGGAAGUACCACAUAAUUCGGUUCACCCGCAGUGGUGGCAAUGCAACCCUCCAGCUGGACGACCUGCCAGUCAUAGAGCGUUACCCCUCAGGCAACAAUGAUAACGAGCGCCUGGCCAUCGCCAGACAGCGAAUCCCCUAUCGGCUCGGUCGAGUAGUUGACGAAUGGCUACUCGACAAAGGUCGCCAGCUGACCAUCUUCAAUAGCCAGACGACGGUGAGCGUCGGCGGAGGCAAGCAAGGCACGGCCAUGUUCCAGGGACAGCUCUCAGGCCUUUAUUACAACGGUCUCCGCAUCCUCAACAUGGCCGCAGAGGGACACCCACACAUCAGAGUGGAGGGCAGUGCGCGGCUGGUCGGCGACAUGCCGUCCUCCUCCAUCACCCCACAAUCCAGUGCUGCAGCUGGAGGCAACCGCUCCGACUCCGCUCCCUCCAUUAGUGACAUCACAACCACCACAGCUACUAACAGGAAGCAGGGCGCAACACCUCAGUCAGCAGACGACCUGCUGGUGGCGUCAGCCGAGUGUCCAAGUGAUGACGAAGACAUUGACCCUUGUGACCCCAGCUCAGCCCGCCCUCCUCUGCCAGAUCCUAAGGGUUUCCCGGGUCCAUCUGAGGUGGUGCGGGAGAGCAGCAGUACCACGGGCAUGGUGGUGGGCAUUGUGGCAGCCGCCGCCCUCUGCAUCCUCAUUCUCCUUUAUGCCAUGUACAAGUAUCGCAACCGCGAUGAAGGCUCCUACCAUGUGGACGAGAGCCGCAACUACAUCAGCAACUCAGCCACACAGCCUAAUGGCAGCGCCAAGGACAAGCCUCUGGGAAUUGCCAAGAUCUCUAAGAACAAGAAGAACAAAGACAAAGAGUACUAUGUCUGAGACAGAAGACUUCCGAGACACAGACAUAUACGCAUACACCUUUAUAUAUAAUGGUAUAUGUACAUAAAUAGAUAUAUUCUCCAAAAAAAGAAAAAAAAUACAUUCAUACACACGGACAAAGACAUUCUGAUGUUAAUGUUUACUCUCAAAUAAUCACACCUGCACACAUGCUGGCAAGCACAAACAUACAAACAAACAAGCUCACAUGCGUACAUUUAAGCACAAACAUAAACAAAGACUGGCCUGAGGGCAUUAGCCCUUACUGUACAGUAUUUACCAAUGAACAGAGCCUCCAAGAGAGGCUUGUUUUAUGAGCAUAAAUACCAUUACAAAUGAUUUAGAAAGCACCGGUUCAGCUCUCAGACACUCCUCUGCCACAGUAGGACCUCGACAUUUGGACUGACAGAGGUCAAGAAAGACAUUAAGUUUUACCCAUGGCAGACUGAGUGUGUUGAGUAAGAGGCAGCACACCAGAACAAAGAUGAUGUAAAAGCACUAAGACAAGCACUAAGUGUCUCUUCCAUGCUUCUUGGCCUUCCUCCUUGUUAGCAGAUGGGACUUGAUGAAACACAGUGGAUGCUGAGGAAACAAGCACUCCAAUGGUUCAAGUCUAUCCCCCGACCAUAGGAGAGGAAUUUUUUGUGUAGCCAUAGAGACAGUGAGUUACAGGCAGAAGCAGAGCUGUUGCCUAUUAAUAUGGGCUGUGGUUGUUAUGCUGCAGAGCUGAUGUUUUUUAUGGCACCCUGUAAAUCACAAAGGUGGAAUCAGUGGAAACCGAGAGAAAUUAUCCUGGACAGGAUACUUGAGACUUCAGAUGCUACCUAUGGAUACCAGUCGUGCAUGACUGCAGUGUGACACAUGCAUACAUCCAAUACACAUGCACACACACAAAGAUAAAACAGUCUGUACGUGCAGACAAACAUUUUCCUGCUAAAGACACACGAUAUCUUCAUUACUGACUCUGAAGACCACAUGAGAAGACAAAGGUGAAAAUGAUCAUAAUGAUAAUUGUUAUGGCAAUGAUAAUGAUGAAUAUGAAGAACUUUUGGGCAGUAUAGACUCUUGGGAAGGGAGGGGGGGAUCUUAUUGCACGUGAAUUAUCUUACUCCGUGUGAUUUAUACCGCGUUGAAACUAAAGAGGUUACACCAUGAUACAACACCAUCAUAAAAAUGACCACCUUGGCUUGAAGUAUUCCUAAAAACACUCUUCAAACGUUUCCAGUGAUGGUUUUCAACAAUUAUUUCAAUCUCUGAAUCACCUCUCAGUUCAAAUCUUUAUUAACAAAAUUGUGACCAUCUCGAGUGUGCUGCAUGCUUGAGUCUCUGAGCUGUCCUGUGGAGUGCUGGUGUGUCCCACUGAGUCCAGAGGUGGUGAGUUUUGUUUUUCUGUUGGAGAAGGAGGAGGGUGCUGCAGGUUGUGAUGAAACACCCGGAAGUGUGCACCAAACAACAGGCUAUGUCCUGUUUUUUUGCCUGAUGUCUUGUAGGCCACACCCACUUAUACCUUCUCCAACCUACCACCUUUUUUUUAAUUAGCAAAAACCAGCAGAAGAAAAUAAUCAAAAACAGAACAUAGUAAAUGUUACCAUGUGUUGCCAAUAGAUAGAAAAGUCCACUUCUUGAUGCCACCAGCUCUAAGACAACUUCAGUUGCUUUAAUUUUAUUGGCUCUCCCCUUUCUCUUUCUCUUUGCAUCCAUGCUAUCCAUGUUGUUGGUUAACUGAUAAAUAAAUCAAUACUCCUGACAUGACCAAUACAGAGCAGUGAAAUGGGUUUCCUGUGGGAUGAUGCGUAAUUAUUUCUUUAUAGACUUUUCCAGUGUGUGAACUCUGCAGCUCAUGAAUUGUAGCCCCAUAAAAUAACAUUACAAAUAGUGCCAUGAAACGAGCAAGCCCCUCCAGUUCUUCCAACAACAUAACUAAUCAGGUGGAUGCAUGCAACAUGGACCAGGGCGAGGAGCAGCAGGAAAUGGACUGUGAGAUGCGUGAGAUUUCAGUAUAUCGUCAAAAUUAACAUUUUCCCUUAGUCUGUCCGUCCUAAACCGGCCUUUUUGACUCCCCUCCCCUUGUUUUCUUGUUCAACAUGUUCUCCUGUCUCUGUUCCUCCAUGUCUACCACUUUCUUUCCCCUCUAUCUCUGUUGUGUUGCCAUCUGAAACAAAAGGAGGUGUCUCAACCAAUGGGAUUCUACAUCUUGGUGUUCAUUAACCAUGUUUAUUUUCUAUAUGUACAAUUUUUCUACAGUAUUUACUUUUAUUUUUAUUGUUACAGUUCUUUGAUGAACAUAAAGUGGAAAUUUAUUAUGAAAAAUAGUUUUGAAGAUUAAUGAGUAAAUAAAAUAUUACCCAAGUGAG